UCACUGCUAUAAAUAUUGCAAGUUAUUAACGCUCGAAGAAUCAGAAUAAUGACGACGGCUAACCUUAUUACAAAAAUCUCAAUUCUCGACACGACACAACACAACACAACCCUAUUACUUGGUCGGACCGACUCGUCACGAUAUGUCCCACCCCGACACGUCGUCUCAAAUACUAUUGUUGUUGUUGUUGUUGUUGUUCACGUUGUCCAAAACUACUGUCCGGCGCGUCACCUUCGCCGCACCGAAGUCAUCCUCCCUCUUUUUAUCUCCCACAUUAAAAUCCCCAAACGCGAAUACCAAAACCUAAAAUUCACCUAAUCAAACCAAUCAGCCGCCAUCUCCUUCUCCAUCCUUAAUUGAUUAUGGAAGAUCUGAUCGAAUCAUCUUCUGUUACUCCGUCAACCGCACCACACUCUCGUUCAUUGCCCAUCCGUGAAGAUUGUUGGAGUGAAGAAGCUACCUCUACUCUUGUUGAUGCUUGGGGACGCCGUUAUCUUGAACUUAACAGAGGUAAUCUCCGUCAGAAGGACUGGCAAGAUGUUGCUGAUACCGUCAACGCUCUUCACGGCCAUACCAAGAAAACGCACCGUACUGAUGUCCAGUGCAAGAACCGGAUCGACACCAUUAAGAAGAAAUACAAGAUCGAGAAAUCUCGUGUCGUUUCCUCCAACGGUACCCUCACGUCGUCUUGGCCCUUUUUUGAACGCCUUGACGCUUUGAUUGGAUCUAAUUUUAAUUCAUCUAUUAAGAAACCGCCCUCUCCGUCCCUCUCCCCGUCUCCUCCCGUGGCUCUCCCGCUGCAUCCUUCUUACCGGAGGACUCCUCCGGUUAGUUCAACUCCGCCGCCGCAGCCAGCGGCCCUGGCGGUGGCGUUGCCACAGAAGAGGACUUUGCCGGUGGAUGAUGGUGGUUAUUUUAGGAGGAAUUAUUCGGCAAUGGCAGCGGCAGCGGCAGCACAAGAGUCAGAUAGCGAGGAGGAGGAGGAGGAAGAGGAGGAGGAGGAGUUUGAGGCAGGGGAGAGAGAGAGCGUAGAGGAGGAUGGGGAGGGGGAAGGGAUUAAGAGAUUGGCACGUGCGGUAGAGAGAUUUGGGGAGGUUUAUGAGAGGGUGGAGAGCGAGAAGUUGAAGCAAAUGGUGGAUUUGGAAAAGCAAAGGAUGAAGUUUGCUAAGGAUUUGGAAAUGGAAAGGAUGAGGAUCUUCACCGAGACGCAGAUUCAGCUUGAGAAGAUCAAGAAGGGUAAGCGUGCACCGGAUAAUGAGAGGGAUUAUUGAUACUUGAGAAAUUGAGAAAUCAACAAUGAAAUUGAUCCUUCUUCUUUGUGUAAAAAAACUUUGAUGUAAGAUUAGGGUUUGAUUUGAUGAACGAAUUUUAAUGUUAUAAUUGUGGAUUUUGUGCACAAUUUGAUAAUGUUCGAGGAAAAUUAGUUACAGAUGAUGAUAUUUAUUUUGUUAGAUUAGUUCAAUUUAGUUACUCUGUUGUCACCUAUUUAAUUGGCUGAGCAGGGGGGGAGGGGCUGUUUUGUUGUAAAAUUGGAGUUUCUUGAAGAAGGCAGCAUGAGGGUGGACAUGGUUGUAAUGAAACGCUUACUGGGUAUGGCAGAUUAUAAUGUGAAGCAGAAGGCAAUGUUACUUGGUGACCUUCUGCAAAACAGCUCAGGGAAACGAUAUGGAGUCAACUGUUGGAGGAUACUAGAGAUGGGUUCCUGUUCGGCUUUGGUUAGAAGGGCCCAGUUUUGUUUCUAUCCUCCAAUGAAGAUAAGGUACCAGUACCAGAUUAUUUAAGGUUUGCCGGUAGAGAUGGCAAUCUGAAAACAUAUUUGAGUACUGUGUUACACCAAAGGUUUUUGUGCCUGGUUUCAGAGUAUUUUCAAGGAUGAACAACAAACUUGUUUA